CAACGUUAAGUCGGGAGAAUUUUUAUUUUUCUAGUAGUAUGAUUUAGUGACAAGUGAGACCAAUCUUCUUAUUUGCGAAAGAUGUGUUAAAUUAAUAUUCAUGCUUGAAAAAAGAACAUUAUUACUCUUAGUAUAUUACAUGUAUAUUAUUAAUGCUAGAUUUUCUAAAACCGGUGUUAAGGAUAGAACAGAAUCUAUUGUUAAUUGAUUGUAAAGUCAUUAUUGAUUCUACGUGCAAACGGACAACAAUACAUAAGACAAUUUUUACUUGGAAACCAACGAGUGAACCAUGUCAGAUGCUUUUGAGGAGAUACAAGCGAUCAAGAUAAAGAGGAACAGCCUUCGUGAGAAGCUGCAGAAAAGGAAGCGGGAAAGACAUGAGUUGUUCACUCUUACUUCCACUCCAGUACCACCCAUCCUCAGGACAGAAUCAGUGGAUCCUGAUUCUAACACAUCGUCAUUGCGUUCUGACCAUAGCGAAUACGAAAGAGACAUACUUUGUAUCUUGCACGAGUCCCUGCCUAGUUUGCCAAUAACAUCCGCGGACCUGAUAGAUCAACUGCGCAAAAAUUUAAAUGCAGACGUGUCCUCCUCUGACAUUUAUAAGAUUCUGGAGAAACUGGCUGCCCAAGAUAUAGUUAAAAUCAAGGAAGUCACGGAGAAUGGAGUGUUCGGCUACACAGUGCUAUCCUUCACAGAGUCUCAGUCGUCUUAUCAGUCUCAGUCUGACGACACGGAGAACGCCGAGAGCACAGAGACCUCUUCCGAAUUGUACGACUACAUAUUGCCGGAGAAACAGGCGAAAAUGGAGAAGAAGAAUACCGAGGAUAUCAUGUCCUUGAUCUCGAUGCCGACGAUCCGAGAGAAGGAGAGCAAGAAAGUCGGCGAACAAAUUCUGGACCUGUUGUCCAAACAGACCUCCAAGGAGAAGUCGCUGGCGGAACGGUUUCGCUCCCAGGGCGGCGCCCAAGUCAUGGAGUUCUGCCCGCAUGGCACGCGGGUGGACUGUGUGAAGCUGAACGGCGGCCCGGGAUUCGCGGAGAAGUGUAAGAAACUGCACUUCAAGAAGAUCAUACAGAGCCAUACGGACGAAUCAUUGGGCGACUGCAGUUUCCUCAAUACCUGCUUCCACAUGGACACGUGCAAAUACGUUCAUUACGAGGUGGACGGUCCUACAGCGCAGCCGAAGGAGACCAACGAUUUCGACAACCCCAGCAAUACCACGACUAACAAGACACUAAGCCUGGACGGUAAGAACGGCGGUGGCACCAGCGGUAACGCAGGCAGCGAGCUCACAUUGUACCCACCGCAAUGGAUUCAAUGUGACCUACGUUAUCUGGACAUGACUGUGCUCGGCAAGUUCGCCGUGAUCAUGGCCGACCCGCCGUGGGAUAUCCACAUGGAAUUACCUUACGGCACCAUGUCGGACGACGAGAUGAGGCAGUUGGGGAUCCCGGCGCUUCAGGACGAGGGACUUCUGUUCCUGUGGGUAACCGGCAGGGCCAUGGAGCUUGGCAGAGAGUGUCUGCAACUGUGGGGCUACGAAAGGGUCGACGAGAUCAUCUGGGUGAAGACCAAUCAGCUGCAAAGGAUAAUACGUACGGGCAGGACUGGCCAUUGGCUGAAUCACGGCAAGGAGCACUGCCUGGUCGGCAUGAAGGGCAAUCCUCGCAUCAACCGAGGUCUGGACAGCGACGUGAUCGUUGCCGAGGUGCGCGCCACCAGCCAUAAACCAGACGAGAUCUAUGGCAUCAUCGAGCGCAUGAGUCCCGGCACCAGGAAGAUCGAGCUGUUCGGUCGGCCGCACAACGUCCAACCCAACUGGAUCACCCUGGGCAAUCAGGUGGACGGUGUCCAUCUGAUCGACCCGCAGCUCAUCAAAGCCUUCAAGAAACGGUAUCCAGAUGGGAACGCCAUGAAACCUACUAAGCCGUAAAAAUAUCCCCGUAUCGCCGACUAGAAAACUCGAGUGACUCCAUUGGCUGGCAUUGAGUCGCUUUGUCAAAGACUUGAAGAAACGAAUCUUGUAAAAUUUGUCCGUAAGAAAAAUAAAUACAAGAAGUUUUUUUUAA